AUGUUGAGGCUUUUCGGUGCUGCGGCCUUGCUGGGCGCGGCGUUUGCGCAAAACUCGUCGGCCGCGCUGCCAACUGUGGAUUUGGGGUAUGAGAUUUACAGGGCUGCGACUUUCAACAGUACGGGUGGCUUUUACAAUUUCUCCAAUAUCAGAUAUGCCGCACCUCCCGUCGGCGAUCUGAGGUUCGCUCCUCCUCAGGCUCCGGCGGAGAAUAGGUCUGCGAUCAACACCGGCAGCAUCUCGAGGAUUUGUCCCCAAGCUGGUCCCGCCUGGUCUGCGCAGGCUACUCAGUUCCUCACUAGCGUUAUACUCGGCACUUCUUACAACACCAGCACAAACUACGUGCCGUCGGGCGCUAACUCCAGCAGCCCCGUCCCAGCAGCGGACCCUAGCGAGUCGGAGGACUGUCUCUUCCUGGAUGUUUUCGUGCCUGAGGAUGUUCUGGCCAAGGCAGGAAAGGGCUACGGCGCUCCAGUCUUGGUUUGGAUUUACGGCGGUGGUUACACGGGCGGAAACAAGAACAACAACCCUGCAGGACUCAUCGCUGCUUCUGGCAAUUCGACCAACGGCGAUGUAAUCUAUGUCUCUCUGAACUACCGCCUCGGUGCUCUCGGAUGGCAAGCCGGCCCCUCGUUCCAGGCUGAAGGCGGCACGAGCAACCUGGGUCUGUACGACCAGCGCUUCGCUCUUGAAUGGGUACAGCAGUACAUCCACCUCUUUGGAGGCGACAAGAACCGCGUUACCGUCUUCGGUGAGUCGGCUGGCGGCGGUUCCAUCAUCCACCAGAUCACAGCCUACGGUGGACUCAAGGGCAAGGCCCCCUUCCAGCAGGCGAUUCCUCAGAGUCCUGGAUGGCAGCCCGUGCAGUCCAAUGUCCAGCUCGAGGACACUUACCGCAAGUUCUUGAACCUCACAAACACCACAUCCCUCGCCGAGCUGCGCGCCCUUCCAUCCGAGGUCGUCAUGCGUGCCAAUGCACAGCAAGUGGCCUACGACACCGCUUGGGGCCAGUUCGCGUACGGACCCAGCGUUGACGGCAACUUCGUUCCCCUGCAGCCCGGACAGCUGCUUGCGCAAGGCCGAUUCGACAAAGACGUGAACGUCAUGGUCGGUCACAAUGCGAACGAGGGUCCUCUCUUCACGGCUCCUUCUAUCCAGUCGGACGCUGCGCUUCGCAGGCAGCUGAACACGGCGUACCCGUAUAUGCCCAACUCUUCGGUCGAUUACAUUACCAACGUGCUCUACCCUUCGGUCUUCAACGGCUCGUACCCGUACACGACCCAGUAUCAGCGCGCUAGCCUGGUCAUCGCUGAGGGCGUCUUCACCUGCAACACUUACUUCCUGUCCAAGGCCUACAACAACGAGACCUACUCGUACCUGUUCGCCGUGCCGCCCGCUUUCCACGGAUUCGAUGUUGCGUACACCUACUACACAGGUGGCGCUACAAGCCUUUUGCCCACCGGUGUAACGAACCGCACCGUCGCCAUUGCGCUGCAAGAGUUCAUCGCGAGCUUCGCCGAGGAUGGUGCCCCCGAAGCGCCCGGCAUCACCAAGUUCGACAUGUACGGAGAGAAUGCGAGCGUGCUGAGGCUCAACAUUACGGGCACUGGCGAGAUUCGCGAUUCGAAUGCGAAUGCGCGCUGCGACUGGUGGCAGUUGGCUUUGGUGUCGUAG